UAUCAUAUUAAUAUUGAUAUCUCACAAACCAACUCCUCCAGAUUUUCUGAAAAAACAAAAAAUAAUAAAAAUUCCUCCAAAUCCUCCUUAAAUAAAAACAAUUUAUUAAAAAUCUUAUGGAUUAUUCAUCAUCAGAUGAUGAAGGAGAAGAAUACUUAUUCAAAGUCGUAAUUAUUGGGGAUUCGGCCGUUGGGAAAUCGAAUUUGUUAACUAGAUAUGCUAGGAAUGAAUUCAACCCACAUUCUAAGGCUACUAUUGGAGUUGAAUUCCAAACUCAAACCAUGGAAAUUGAUGGCAAAGAAGUUAAGGCUCAAAUAUGGGAUACUGCUGGUCAAGAACGAUUUCGGGCUGUUACUUCUGCUUAUUAUCGUGGUGCUGUUGGUGCUCUUGUUGUUUAUGAUAUAUCGCGUAGCACUACUUUUGAAAGUGUUACGCGAUGGCUUGAAGAACUUAAAACUCAUUCGGAUACAACAGUGGCAAGGAUGUUGGUAGGAAACAAAUGCGAUUUGGAGAAUAUAAGAGCUGUCAGUGUUGAUGAUGGCAAGAACCUAGCAGAGAAAGAAGGAUUGUUCUUUAUGGAAACAUCUGCACUAGAUUCUACCAACGUUAAAACGGCUUUUGAGAUGGUCAUUCGGGAGAUCUACAACAAUGUCAGUCGUAAAGUUUUGAAUUCUGAUUCGUAUAAAGCAGAGUUAUCAUUGAACAGGGUAACCCUUCCAAAUGAUGGAUCUAAUGAAUCAAAGCAAAAUCAAAGCAGAAGCUCUUGCUGUUCUUAAAUCUCGAGUAGUCAAGAGUUCAAGACCAGGCUGCCAAGAUGAGUUCUAUCACAGUUUGCAUCUCUAUACGCCAAUUAUGAUUCCACAUUUUUUUUCUAUACUUGUUUUUCCAGAUAGUGUUUUUUCUUUUUGCGUGAUACAAUAGCAAAAUCUUUAAAAUAUACAGUAAACAAUAUCUUUCGAGCAAAA